ACAAUUCAAGAUUCAAUUUUGAUGACCGAUUUUGCUCAAGUGUUGACCAAAGAUUUGAAUCAUUGUGUGUUUUCUGUGUGUCAACAAGAAAAAGAGAGGAGGAAUCUUGAAUGUAAAACAUGGACCAUUUUUCUGAAGUGAAAAAUGAAUCAGAUAUGAGCAAGAUUAAGGUUCCUGAAGCUUGUAGAAAUGAUGGGUUCUUUAUGAAGACUGAUUUGAGGUCUUCGUUUGAUCAAGUUCUUUCAUAUUUCUUGAAAUGGGUGUCUGUAAAUAAGGAUGUAAUAAAGGGGUUUCCACCUAAACUUGGAGAUGGGGUGGAGGCUGAUUUGUUUACUUUAUUCUGGGUGGUGAGGAAGAUAGGGGAUUAUGAGUUGGUUUCCAAGAAUGAAUUGUGGGAAUUUGUUGCUGAGGAAUGUGGGUUAGAUAUCACACAUGUGGGAUCUUUGAAAGUGAUAUAUAUCAAGUAUUUGAAAGAGUUGGAUCAGUGGUUAAGCCAUGGAGGUUUCAAAGAUACCAAAUUGGAGAAUGGUGAGCUUGGUGUUCUUGAGAAGUUAGAUUCAUUGUUUCGCGAGUUGAGGGGGUGUAAAAAUUCUUUAUCCAAUGUUGGAUUCAAAAACAUUAAGGAGAAGUGUGUUGUUAUAGAGUCUAGUGAUGAUGUGGGGAUCGAAAGAAGUGCGUUGGAAUUAACCGAAAAAUUGGAUCAUGAUAUGGCUAACACUGAAAUGAGGUUUUCAAGAAUCAAUAAUGUCAAUGAAAAUGAUGAAAAGCUUAGUGAUUUGAAUCACAAAAUGAUCGAGUUACCGCGUGAAAUUGUCGUUAAGGAAGUGAAAGAUGAUAAUGACAAAAGAGUUGUGUUAUGUCCUACGAAUGUACGUAGUUUUCAUUCAGACAAUAACGAACGCAAUGAUACAGGUGAUAACGAGAAUGGUACCUUGGUUUUUGCCAAGACUACUGUCGAUAAGGUAGUUAGUUCUCAGAAAUGGAAAAAGGAGGAAUCUUUAUCCUUGUUGAAAAUGCUAAAAUGGGUAGCAAAUGCUGCAAGAAAUCCACAUGAUGUUUCGAUCGGAAGCAUACCAAAUAGUUCAAAGUGGAAGAAAUAUAAGACCAAUGAGGUAUGGAAGCAAGUUUUGUUGGUAAAAGAGAGACUUUUUACAAAACCAAAUAUUGAUUCGGUCAACAAAGUAUAUGGCUCGCAGAAGAAAAGACACAUGAUGCAUCCUUCAAUGUAUGAAGACGAUAAAGUCCCGAUUCAUCUGUCUUCCAAAAGAAUAAGAUGCAGCCAAAGGGUCAGUUCCGUGAAAUCAUGCUCUUGUCCAGGCUGCAUUUCUUGUUCAUCCUCUAGAAACAAACGUCAGAAGCCCGACAUCAAAAAGACCCUGCAAACCCUCGAGUCUAUGGAGAUAGAAGAUAGCAUUUCUGAAGAUCUAGAAACAGUUAGUGUCACCACAGGAGCUGAAGUACCCAAAUGGACAGGUGUCAUCUCUGAGAGCGAUCCUAAGUGGCUAGGAACUCGGAUGUGGCCCCCACCAGACGGCAAUUACCAAAAACAUGAAAAGGGUCUUGUAGUGAUCGGGAAAGGAAGACAAAGUUCAUGUAGGUGUAGCGUUCCAGGCUCUGCGGAUUGUGUGAGGUUUCAUAUUGCUGAAAACAGGAGUAGAGUCAAACACACACUCGGCCCCCUUUUCUAUAAAUGGAAAUUCAACCAUAUGGGGGAGGAAGCUUCGGUUUCUUGGAGCCUAGAAGAGGAAAGUAAAUUCAAAAGUUUGGUAGUCAAAGCAAGGCAAGAAUUGACACAUAGAAGCAAAUCUAGACAUGAAAUCAUGAGCAAUUUCUGGAGAAGAGCAUCCGAGUCAAUUCCUUCCAAGACAAAAGACAUAUUGGUGAGUUAUUACUUCAAUGUCUUUGUCCUUAGGCGAAGAAGUUACCAGAACCGCAUUAUGCCUGAGAAUAUAGACAGUGAUGAUGACGAACAGGAGGUGGGGUCUGUUGGAGACAGGUCUGGAUACGAAAAGAUCCACACUUUUGUCAAAUGCUCCCAGAAUAUGCAGUGCAACGAUCUUGAAUCUUGAUGGGGAUUUGGGUACGAAAUUAUCUACCAAAUGAUCCAGGAUACGCAGUGGCUGAGGUUGAAUCUUGAUCAUAGGGCCGUUUUGUGUGGAUAUUUUGCGAUGCUAGUGAUAGAGGUAUAGUAAAACAACUUUGUUAACCAAUUUUGGAGUCCGUAGCAUCGUACUUUUGUGAAUACCAUGAAACGACCGUGGUCAUAGGUGUUAUCGGUUGUUUUCUGUAGUUGUUUUAAGGUAUGUUAAACGAGACUAGUCGUUUCUGGUUUCUUUUGUGUUUGAAAGAUGACAUCUUU